UGCGUCGCGCGGGAGCGCAGCCUCCCGGUCAGUCUGGGCCGGCGGGAGGCGCGAGCGGGGUGACUUGAGGCGGCUGCGACAGCGACCCGCGGCCCAUCGCCACACAGACCGGCCGUGGCCCCGGCGCUGCCUCCCCUCCGCGCCCACCUAGCCGCGGGUCCGAGCCUCCCGCGCGCCAUGUCCUUCCGCCAGAGGAGCCCCCACGGCGGCGGCAGCGAGAGCAGCAGCCCACAACACCCAGCUCGUUGGUCUCAAGGAAGGAAACGUGGAGCAGAUGGGAAAUGCAGAAAACAGAAUGAUUCAAAUUCGUCCGUUUUUGAUGAUGAAAACAAGUAUGGACCUUCUGACAACAGGUUGGAUAGUUUUACAACACCAGAAGGUCCUGGACCCUUUUCAAGAUGUUCAGACUGGGGAUCUGUAGUUGAAGAAGAUGAAAUGAGGACCAAUGUUAAUAAAGAAAUUGCAAGAUACAAAAGAAAGCUCUUGAUAAAUGAAUUUGCAAGAGAAAGGAAGUCCUCUUCUGGAAGUUCUGAUUCAAAGGAAUCCACUGUAACAGUAGAACUUGAGACAGAUGAAGUGGUUCUGAUGAGAAGACAAAAACAGAUAAAUUAUGGAAAAAACACAAUUGCAUAUGACAGAUACAUUAAAGAAGUUCCAAGGUGUCAUCGAGUACCAGGGGUCCAUCCUAGGACUCCAAAUAAAUUUAAGAAGUAUAGCCGCAGGUCCUGGGACCAGCAGAUCAGACUGUGGAAGGUUGCUUUGCAUUCUUGGGACCCUCCUGCUGAAGAAGGAAGUGACUUGCAAGGAAUCACUCCUGUUGAUCUUGGUGAGAUGGAGACAGAAUCCAUAGGAAGUAAUUCUACUGAAUCUCAAGCAAGCUCUCAAGACAAUUAUGAUACCUUUUCUGGCACUCCCACCAAGGUUAGACAUGUUGACUAUCAGGUGGAAGGCGAAUUUGACUUGGAGGCAUGUUUGAAUGAGCCACUUAAAGACUUCAGUACCGUGAGCUAAAUGGUGCUCUGUGCAGGCUGUUUUAAGGGAAACAUUCUUUUAAAAAAUCGUGGAAUGUUAGCCUGAUAUUCUCAAACGGGAUGUUGUUCCCUACCUGUCAAUAGUGCAGAAGCUUAAGCAAGUUAAAGGGCUGUUCCCUAAUUUGUGGUCUGUCUACGUAUUUUCUGGACCAAAUUUGUGUAAAGAAUAGAACUUACGUUGUGUAACUUCCUGUUUGACUUCUAAUUUAUGUAUAUCAGAUGGUUUUACAAGACUGCUUUUUAUAAUUAUUCAGAAGAUGGAACUAGUCACAGAAAAAACAGCCAAAGGCAACGCAGCUACCCUCCAGCAAACAUAGUUCUGUAAAACUUCAGGUUGUCAUUCAUUCUUUAGCUCAUUAUUGAUCUGGACUAGAUACUUGAACUACUGAUCUAGAAGGAGGGCUCUGUCCUUGUUUCCAGAAUCACCCAACCUCUAACUUUCCCUUUGAUUUCCCUUAAUUGGCAAAGAUAUUUGUGUAAGUGCUUUUUCCACAUUGCAAGGUUUUCCUUUUGUCUGAUUCAUUUAAAGUAAAUUCCUUUCAUUUGCAAAAGCUUAUUUUGUAAUGGUGGGAAAGGACACAAUAUAAGUUAAAUAGGGUUUCAGUAUUAAACAAAACAAAACUGAAGUGUGGCAGUGCUGCAUUAAGAAGCUGUAGCCUAAAUUUGGUACCUGUAAAUAGUCAUGGAUAGACAUAACUUAUCUAACACUUAGAGAAAAAUAAACUAUCUCUAGGGAAAGUGCUUGAUUUGUAUUCACUGUUUUUAAUGUAAAACUGUUGUAAAUGAUAACUUUGUACAGACAUUCUACUGAAAGCAGUUAAUGUUUCUAUUGCUUUUGUAUGGGACAGUUGCUAAAAAUAAAAAUACAUUCAAUAUUA